ACGCAAGACGAAAGUGAAGGGCUUCCUAUCUCCACUGUCUCUCCAAAAAUGGCGGACACGUGUGGCCAAGUAUUGCUGGGAUCAGGGCUCACCGUCCUCUCCCACCCUUUGAUGUACAUUAAAGUCCUGAUCCAGGUAGGACAUGAGCCACUCGCUCCAACCCUGGGCAGGAACCUGUUUGGCAGACAAGUCUACCAGCUGCCUGGACUGUUUGCUUAUGCAAAACACAUCAUCAAGAUUGAUGGGAAAGCAGGACUGUUCAAAGGGCUCGGUCCCAGGCUCUGUGCCGGCUCCAUCGGGACCAUAGUGCACAGCAGAGUACUGCAGAAAUGUCAAGAAGAAGGCACACUUCAGGUUCUGGGAGGUCAGCAGAAAGCUGCAGAGGGCUCCCUGCAGCACGUUGUUAAUGAGACAACCAAAGAGAUGGUGGCUCGGUCCUGUGCCACCAUAGUCACACAUCCCUUUCAUGUGAUUACUUUGCGAUGUAUGGUCCAGUUUAUUGGGAGGGAAACAAAAUACAGUGGGGUGUUUGACUCCAUCGUCACAAUCUACAGAGAAGAAGGCAUGCUGGGAUUCUUUGCUGGUUUGAUACCCCGCCUGCUCUGUGACGUCCUGUCUCUGUGGAUCUGUAACCUGCUAGCCCACGCCAUCAACACGUAUGCCAUCGACGACUCGAUGAGUCACACAGGAGAAAUCAAGAACUGCUCCCAGGCAGUGACGGGGUUCUUCGCCAGUAUGCUCACAUACCCUUUUGUCCUGGUGUCAAACCUCAUGGCUGUUAAUAACUGCGGGCUGGCUGGAGGUCUGCCCCCCUACGCCUCAGUAUACCCCACCUGGGUGGACUGCUGGAGGCAUCUCAGCAGAGAGGGCAACAUGAGCAGAGGCAACAGUUUAUUUUUCCGGAAGCUCCCGGCAGGAAAGAUGUACGCAGUGGACCAGCAGAGAUUUUUUUAAAAAGCCUCAAGAAACUGAACAUAGUUGUGAUAAUAAAACUAAAAACAAAUCAUCAUUGCCUGAUCUGGGGGUUGGACAGUCGGCACUUAAUCUUUUUUUUGUAUGCACUUGUUUACCAUGAGGGUUCUUUUCUUGACAACCGGCCAUCAUGUGAAAUAAAAACACUUUAAUUUCCAGUUAAUUUUCAGCAGGCUUUGUUUGGUAACAUAAAUGAAUAGAUUGAAACUGCAGGGCUGUAAAAUAAUGGAGCAUUAAUUUCGUUUUGAAAACCCACAUGUGUCUGAAUAGUGUUGACAGACCAAUGUGUAAGAGCCCCCCUUUCCCAUGUUUUUUUAAAGUAUAGAUUAAUGUAAAUGCCCCCCCCCUCCUCCAUCUAUGUGAUGGGACUUGUUUGUUGAAAACAGCACUACAGUCUGCAUGUGGUAACGUAAUUAUUGACAUGUUGGUGAUGAGUGGGACCCUUGUCAUGUGGUUUGUCUCGAUGUGUUCAUGGUCAUAUUAUACAGGGGAGGGGCUGGAUGUUCAGGAGCAUGUUUUGGAUGUACAGAGGCAUGGAGGGAGCCUGAGUGCUUGUAUCAACUCAUUCUGACCCCAAUAAAAACUGUUUUUUUUUUUUUUA